AUGGGUUCAGCUAUCAACUACGGUAGAAUUGAUUACUCGAAAAAUAAUGCCAUCGAUAACAAGUACUCAACUAUUCCUGACGCUUGUGGAUGCUGCAGCGGAACAGGGGGUGAAAACUGGUGGCAACUUGAUCUCGGAAGAAACUAUCUGAUACAGGAAAUAAAGAUUUACGGACGAACAGACGUGUGUAAUCCCGGAAAGUAUGGACCAGAUUGUUCAUCAACAUGUGGCCAGUGCAAUGAUAGCAGCACCUCGUGCAACAUUGAAAACGGGCAUUGUCCACACGGCUGUGCCGCUGGAUACAAAGGAGAUACAUGCACAGUUCCCUGUUGCCGCGGGGAGUAUGGCCCAAAUUGUACAUUUAACUGUGGCCAGUGUAGAGAUGGCAACACCACAUGCAACAAUAUUAACGGGCAAUGUCCAAACGAUUGUGCCUCUGGAUACAAAGGACCAUUGUGCAAAUCGCCAUGUGUCCCCGGAGAACAUGGGCCAGGCUGUACAUCACACUGUGGUCAUUGUCGUGAUGGCAAUACCUCGUGCAACACGAACAACGGCUAUUGUCCAGGUGGAUGUUCAUCUGGAUACAAAGGGGACUUUUGUAGUUUACACUGCGAUCCCGGAGAGUUUGGACCUAACUGUAAAUCAAACUGUGGCCACUGUCAUGACGGCAACACCGCAUGUGACAAAUACAACGGGCACUGUCCAGGUGGAUGUGCCGCUGGAUACAAAGGGGACUUUUGUAACAUUACUUGUGGCUCCGGAGAGUAUGGACCAAACUGUACAUCACAAUGUGGUCAGUGUCAUGGUGGCAACACCUCGUGCAACAUUGAAAACGGGCAUUGUCCUCACGGCUGUGCCGCUGGAUACAAAAAUGAUACUUGUACAAUUCCCUGUGGCCCCGGGGAGUAUGGCCGAAAUUGUACAAUCCACUGUGGCCAGUGUAGAGAUGGCAACACCACAUGCAACAAUGACAACGGGCAGUGUCAAAACGGUUGUGCAUCUGGAUACAAAGGACCCUUGUGCAAAUCUCGUAAUUAUGAGGAGUGUCUGUUGAAAUCAAAUAUCACGCACUUAUGA